UCUGCGAGGCGGCGCGGCCCUCCGACACGAUGCCGGUCCCCUCGGCCGCCGAGCUGGACUCCUUCGCGUACUGCGACCUGCAGAGUCUCGCCAAGAGUCGCGGCCUCCGGGCUAACCUGAGGGCUGACAAGUUGUUAAAAACCUUGAAAGCUCACCUGGAGCAAGAAACAACCAAAGAAAAGAAUCAUGAAGAUCAUUCAGAGAUUAAAGAAAGUGGCUCCGUGGCAUCACAGGAUCAAGAGGAGCUGGACGACUUGUCGCUCAGUGCACCUGUGGCAGUUCCUUUUCUCCCAGAUCAGGAUGAGAGUGCCUUGGCCUCAGAGAAAGGAGGCAUAAUAGACCAUGAAGAUGCAAAGAUACUCUCAGGAAAAAAGAAGUCUCUUGACACAGAUGAAUUCGUUAAAUCUAGGAGAAAGAGAAGAAUCGCAAAUACUCUCACUCCAAACUUUAAGAAACUUCAUGAGGCUCGUUUUGAGGAAAUGGAGUCCAUUUAUCAAUAUAUGGAAAGGAAAAAGAAAAUUUUCGAAGAACGCAAGUUACUUAAUGAAUUGAAGAAGCAGCCCAGCAGCAAGGACUUUGGGGUUACUCCAAAGUCCCAAAGAGAACAUGUCUAUGAGCUGUAUACUCCUGUCAGCCAGCAGCGUUCUAAAGGCCGGGACCGUGGCACAGCUCAAAGUACUUCAUGUGUGAAAGGGUCAGGCAAGUGCUCAGCCACAAGAAUGAGCGUCAGGUUUUCAGCCACUACUAAAGAUAACGAAUUUAAGUGUUCACUUGCCAAGACUCCAGCCAGAAAGUCUCCCAAUGUACCUUGUAGUACCCCAAAAGGCCAAUCUGUGCUCAGAACAAACAAAUUGAAGACCCCAAGAAGGGAUUCCGCUGCUGUUUCUACCCCAUUCAAAGGGACUGCUAAGGCCGUGAAUACUCCCAUCUCCCAGAAGAAACCAGUGUUUGAUCUUAAAGCAAGUUUGUCUCGUCCACUCAACUAUGAGCCACACAAAGGAAAACUGAAACCAUGGGGACAAUCUAAAGAAAAUAAUUGUCCAAAGGAACAUAUAAGUAGAGUCAGCCUCCACAAGAACACGUACAAACAACCUCGUUUGAAGACCAGGGAGGAGCAACGUAAGAAACGUGAAGAAGAGCAAAAGGAAAAGAAAGCAAAGGUUCUGGCUGCUCGGAGGGGACUUGUGUCUAAAAAAAAAUAAUUUCAGAAUAGCUUGGAAAUAUUUAACUCCAAUGAAACACUUUCUAAUGCUGUAAAUAUCCUGUGGCCCACAGUUUCAUUAGGAGUCCUAAGACCAGGCUUUUCUAGUCUAUUCUCAUUAUUGCUCCAUUUCUG